AUGCUUCGACGUAGCCAAACAGUGCAGGUCUGGCUCAGUCGUAUCGGAGUGAACAGCGUUCAAGCGCAUUCGGCGAGUGGCAAAAAGCUUCAUUACAUCAGAGCGAUGACCUCCUCAGCGGUUCCGUCUCGGAACGGAGAAGGAUCCUCCUCUCGUGUCAAUCAUAAUGCCGCGGAACACUCCAUCAAUUCCGCUAGCUCAACAGCGUAUCUGUCAAUUCUUACCCAGUCGCAGCGUCAGGCGUGUACCUCGCCUCCAGCUCAGCCACUGCAGAUCCUUGCUGGGCCUGGAAGUGGCAAGACCAGGGUCCUCACGAGCAGAGCCGCUUGGCUAGUGCUGCACCACAAGAUCAUGCCAGAGUCCAUAGUGAUGAUCACGUUUACUGUCAGUUUAGUGACGUGGAAACCAUUUGGGUGUGAUAAGAAGGUAUCCGGAGUGACACUUACCAAAUUUUUCCUUGCGGCUGACAGAACAAAGCUGCCAGGGAAAUGCGCUCGGUAAGUGAGGGUCCUCGCAGAAAUACUUCUUGCUCUCAUGCCGGUCUGAAGUGGGUUUGAGUCGUCUAACAGCGUUUGGAGAAGCUGAUUGGAACCGAACGCACCAGAAGACUUGUCCUGGGUAAGUCAAGGGCCUGCUUAUGUCAGCAGCGAGCGACUCACCCGUCAUGAACUUUCUAAGGAACGUUCCACGCGGUGAUGGCAAGGUACCUCAGGAGGCAUGGAAAGAAAAUUGGCCUGGCCAACAAUUUCUCCAUCUUAGACGCUGAUGACAGGUAAGGCACCAGCGCAACUAGACGUCUCAAAUGCAGCAAUGCUGACCGCUGAAUCUAUUCUUUGCACAGUAAAAAAGUCCUGAAAGAGAUUCUCAAGGAACAAUUCGACAACGCGCCUCAUGGCAUCAAGGUGACACCAGAUCAAGCAGCCACGGAGAUCAGCAAAGCAAAGUCCAAAGGCUACACUGCGUCGCACUUUGAAGCUGCUCUUGCAAAGGAGUCAGCCAAGAAGGGCAAGGACGCGACGACGCUGCGCACAGCGAUCGCCGAUGUAUACGUCUUCUACGAGCAGCGACUGGAGCAAAACUCAUGCUUGGAUUUCGACGAUCUGUUAUUGAAGGGAUGUAAGCUCCUUCAGCACAGGGAGGUCGUCGAUGAUAUCGUUCAUGUGGUGAGUCACACAUGGGUGAAGCUAGCAAUCCGCCACAAAAUGCUCAGACGUUCCCUUUUCGUCAGCUGGUCGACGAAUUCCAGGUGCGGAACAAAUAUGCAAAAUGACGCUUUACUCAUAAUCGUGCCGCUUUACUGAGACUCAUCAGGACCCUUCUGCAGGACACCAACGUCGUCCAGUACGAUUUGAUGCAGUGCUUUGCUGCGGCAACUACCGCGAAUCUUCUUCAAGCGCCUGGUUUGGUCUUAGCUGCAGAUGGAACCGCUGAGUCUCCUGCUACGCCUUGCGGUCUCAGCAUUGUCGGCGACCCAGGUGAGCGUUCUCAUCAUGCGAUCACUGCGUGCCCGUCGAUUCUUAGUCUGUGCUUUGUCUGCCCGGCAAGUCAGAUCAAUCCAUCUAUCUUUGGAGAUCCGCAGAGAUCGAAAAUUUGAACAAGAUGACGAACCAUUAUCCUAUGACGAUGCGAGUCAAUUUGGAAGAGAACUUCAGAUCCGCUGGGAAUAUUCUAGACCUGUGCUUGCGGAUCAUCGAGCAGGACAAGGAGCGCAUCAAACGUGGCCUGCGCACAAGCCAUCCUCUAGGAGUGCCUGUCGUACUCAAGCAGGCAUCCAGCGCUGGCCGCGAGGCUCAAUUCAUUGCGACCGAGAUCAAGCGCCUCAUCGCGCACACAGGAGGCCUCCUUGGCUACGCAGAUGUGAGGCAGCUGCGUUUGGCAGCUCGCAUUUGCUGUGUCGCGUGCUAAACAAUUGCUUACAAUUGAUUUACUUUGGUCUCAGUUCGCAAUCUUGCUGCGCUUCAACGCUCUAUCACGCGAGGUUGAAAAAGCCUUGCAACAAGAGGGUCUUCCAAGCAAAAUGCUUGGCGGUUCUAAGUUCUUCGAUCGUGUCGAGGUGAGCGUCUACGCGUUUCAGUUCUCGCGCCUUCUCAAGAGCUUAUUGGCAGCUGCUCGCGCAGGUGAAAGACUUGCUCGCGUAUCUCACUCUAGCAGCAAACCCGAAUAAUGUAUCAGCAUUCGUUCGGGUCGUCAAUGUACCCAAAAGAUCUAUUGGCGACAAGUCUGUGCAAGAGCUGCUGACGAAAGCGCGCGAGUUGAGCAUGAAGCCCAUGGAGCUUGCAGAGCAGCUGGUGCAUGGAACCAAGAAGCUCCAGGGUAUCAAACCUGCGGUCACAAAGAAUUUGAAGCAGUUCGUGGACAUCGUUUCACGCAUCCGCCGGCAAGCCACAAAGGUGCGUCGCCCUCAUGUGCAGCGGGUCUCGUCGAUGGCAAGUCUUACGGCCCGCCCUGUGUCUUGAUGCGCCCCAGGGACGCACCGCUGCCGAGCUUCUAGAGACGGUCGUAAAGUAUACCAACUUCGAAGACUACCUCCGCAAGCUUGGCGAACACGAGUCUAGGUGAGUGCUACAGGAUCUCUGCAGGAGUGAGAUGGCGCACUGUACUGACUCAUCCGGGUGUCCUGACACGAGCAGGUGGGAGAACGUGAAGGAGUUAAUCAAUUUCGCUGAAAUUAUCAGGCAAUCAGGUGUUGAAGAUGUACAGCCGCGAUCACAGCUCGAACGCACCAAGAACGAAGCUGCAGACGAUUCCGCGAAUGAUGUCAAGGAUGUGUCCGCUCGAGCGACUCAGUCAGAGAACGUAAAGGCAGGUCUCGACGAGCACGACGCUCGCGAUAGCAGAAGCGGUAUACGAGGAGAAGCCGACGACGUUGCAGGCGUGCAAAGCGCGGCUCUACCUGUCAAGACAGAGCCCGCUGAAGAACGAACUUCGCGCUCUGCGAGCCAAGGCGCAUCAAACUUGCUUGGGAAGCUGGAGCAGUCACUUGAGAGCGUGAAGACAGAAUCUGAUGACGAAGUCCAAUUUGUCAGUGCGAAUUUCAAAGAAUCUUCCAAAUCGACGAAGCCCUCCUCCGUCCUGUCUGGAGACUUCAAGCGUCAAGGCGACGCUCUGCGGCGCUCGGACAAGGCCAAAAGACCCAAAACAGAGAUGCCUUCAGACGAGGUGGAGGACACGUCCGACCCACAACCGUCUGACGGAGAGCCAAAUGCGUCCGAAACUACUCAAAUACAACCCGAUGCACCGCUUGCAAAGUUUCUCGAGGCUUGCACGCUAAGUACAGACAUGCACAGCGAGGGUGAUGCGGAGCAAGAUGGGCCCAAAGUUACGAUCUCGGUGAGUUUGAGUCUGAAAGUCCACAACUCUUGAUGGGUUGCUGAGCCAUCUUGUCCGAGUAUCUCCAGACUGCGCACGCUGCCAAAGGUCUUGAGUUUCCAGUCGUCUUUGUUUUAGGGGUAGAAGAUGGAAGCUUUCCGUGAGCCCCGGUGUUGCAUGCCAACGCGAGCCCGUUUGUCAUGGUUGAGCUGACCUUCCACCGUCUGCGAUGGGCAUCAGCUUCUAUCGUAGCACCACUCCAGAACAGAUCGCGGAAGAGCGUCGUUUGUUAUUCGUUGCGUGCAGUCGCGCCCAGACAAAUCUGUACUUGACACACGCAGCUCAGCGCCACAUUGGAGGCCAGAUGGAGAAUGCGGACCGCAUCUUAUCUCAAUUCGUCUCUCCACUAGCCGACCGAGCCCACCGUGGGGGACAGGCUGCUGGCGGACCAAAUCCGGCUGUUCUGAGACGCGGCUCGAACAUGGCGCCGCUUCCAGUCGCUUUCAGCCAUCAACAGCGCCCAGUGCUCACCGAGGCGCACCGCCGCGACAUCGCGGCAAUCCUGGAGAGGCAAUUGCCCGGCGGUUACGAAGAGACCGUCAGCGAUAGCAUAGCGAAGUUGUGAGUUGCACCCUUCGCAAUGCUUCAGCGGAGCGCCAGUGCGAGCGCAUGACUGAAUCAUCCUCGAGCGCGUGGUCAGCAAUCGCUCGAACACUGCAAGGAUUAUAGACCUGCCGUCACCAGGACCAAGGCAAAGGACCUGGACGAGCUAUGAUGAUGCGCUGACAGGCGAAGCGUAUGGCUCGUAUCGAGCUCAUGGUUACAAAGAUGCUUAUGGGCUCGACUUCAAUAGCUACAAUAGAGCCCAAGGCGGCUUUGGAGGUCCCAACAGACGCUUGAAGAAUAGUUGCCUGCCAGGCACCGAGAUGAGAAUGUCAACAAGCUGGUCGAGCUCACCAUCGAGACCCCACAAUGCUGCUGCUGGACCGCACCAGACUGGCUUCUCGAGCGCAGCAAAGCUGCAUGCAGGAAGUGGUCGGCAGAUUCUUCAGCGGGAGGGCUACGGCGACGAGGCUGUCAUUACGGAGAGACCCCGCAGACAAGUGGCGGAUCUAGACAGCUUCCAAGUGAGUCAUUCGAGCCCUAAGGACUGCACAGAGUCCUCACCCAGUCUCUGCUCGCCCCUCAGUCCGCGGCGAAAUCUAGCCUAGCCAGUAUGAUGAGUCUGCUCCCUCCCGAAUCAAGCCCCGACCCUGACGCGGGCGAGGGGUCGACUUCUGCAGCACAUGUCCAACCCCAGAAGCCCACUUUCGCUCAUUCGACGGGCCUUGCCAGGACAUCGAACUCUUCUUCAAUUCGCAGGCUAGGCACAGGUCGCCCAAGACCAAAGCAUGACUCCAAACACUGA